UUUCAGCGCGCCAGUCGGAAAGGUUCGACCCAACUGGUCAACGUCAUGAUUCAAUUCGGGGGUGACGUGUCAGUUAAAUCGGUGAAAGGCGAAUCCCCCUUUUACCUGGCGGUGUUCCAUCACAUCGAGUGCCCGUACAAAGAGGACGCCACCUGCAUUCGCGCGCUCUACUAUGCCGGCUGCGACGUGAACGCCACCAACGACAAGGGCAUCGCGCCGAUUCAUCUGGCAGCGAACUUCGGGCAUACCAACCUUGUACGAUGGCUGCUGAAGAAAGGCGCCUCGCCCAACCUACAACCGUACCCCUAUCUACUGGCGCAGAUGAACGGUCACACCGUAACCGCGCGUCUACUGCAGAACUAUCAAUUGCGCGCAAUCGAACAGGCAGAAUAAUACACGUUGAGUGCGUGUGACGUUAGCACUUCAUACCCUUAAAUGGAUGAAGUUCUUCACAUUGCCUGUUGGCGUCCCUGUUACAGUCUGUUACAAAAAUGAAGAAAUAAAACAACUUUAUAAAAAUCAUACAUGUUGCCUUUAUUAGCAAUGUACAUCAUAACGG